AUGGCAGCAUCAUCAGGCCCUGUACCUGAUGUUUUACCAUCGCAGGUUCUUAGUGUUAGUCCAAGUUUACCAACAAAUAAACUUCUUGAUAAUUUAACCAAAAAUCAAAGACUUUUACAAUCUCUACCGCAAAACUACGAGAAACGACACUUUUUCACAGGGCUCUAUAAAACUCUCUUGGAUGAUUUCUUCUAUUCACACGAACGCGCUGAUAUUCAGCUAUACACAGCAAUAUGCCUAGCGGAUAUAAUUCGUAUCUACGCACCGAAUCUACCUGAAGUGCCACAAGAAAAAAUGCUCAACAUGUUUCUUUUUCUUGCUCGACAAUUACUUGGCUUAAAAAAGAUCGAUGAUCCUCUAUUCACACGUCGUUAUUAUCUACUCGAAAAUCUAAGCAUGGUACAAUCGUUUAUCCCAGCCGUUAAUUUAGAAGACAAUCGUGGCUGUCAAAUCAGUACGGUUGUCCUAACGAAUCUAUUCAAUGCUGUACAGAAAAAACAUACGGAUCAGUUGAAGAACUUGAUAAUCGAUAUUGUCUCAGUGAUCUUGGCUGAGUAUGAGACAAUCCCAUUUUCGUUGUUGGAAUUGCUUUUCGCAAGAAUAAUUGAUCCCGAAAAGAAAUUACGUGAAGAAUGUUAUGAAUUAGUAGAAUCGAUUAUUCGCCGAGGUGAAUCGUUUCUCAAAUCAGCGAUUGCUGAUUACUUCAAAGCAGUUCUUGUCACAGAAGAUACGGAAUCAUUACAUUUACAUCCGAAAAUCUAUUACAUUUUCGAUGAGCUAUGUCAUAUUUCAGAAGCAAUUGUCGAUGAAAUUAUUCCAUCAAUUGAACAUCGACUUCAGGUACCCAAUGAAAAACAUCGUCGUGAUGCGGCAAAGAUCAUUGCUUAUGUGACCAGUGCACCAAAUAAUGACUUUGCUCAACGGUACAAAUCUCUAUGGAACACAUUUCUCGAUCAAUUUAAAAAUGGCACACCGGAAGUUCAAUUAAGUUGCGUAAAACAUCUCAAAAGUUACUUUGUUAAUCAUCCAGAAUUGAGAGCAGAUCUCGAAAAUGUUAUGGUGCAUUUAAGUCUCUCGACGGAUACGAACAUUCGUUCACAACUUAUGGUGCAAAUUCGUGCGAUCACGAACUACAGUCUGUUUGAUAUCAGCGACAAAAUUAAACAAAUCUUGUGUGAACGUGCACGAGACAAAAUUUGGGAAGUUCGUAAAGAAGCACUUGAUUACCUUGCACAGGUCUAUAAAAAAGAAUGUACAGCUGCAAAUUGGUCCGAUGAUGUACAAAAGCAGUUAACAUGGGUGGCAAAUUGUAUAAUUCACCUGUAUUAUCAAAAAACAACACAAGACAAAUUAUUAGCUGAACGACUUUUGACCUUUUAUUUAAUGCCAUGGGAUGUGAAAACUGAUAAUAAAGUCCGAGUUCUAUUCACGCUAUAUUCCAAUGUUAGCGAAAAUGCUCAACGAGCGGUUCGUGAAAUCAUCCACAGCAAAUUCCUAUUUCGUCGACAAUUGGAUAAAAUGAUUGACUUUUGUUUGCAAAUGGCUGAUCUAAAAAAGACAAACGAUGAAAAGCAAACAACUGAAUUAAAACUCGUUAGCCUUAUCCAUACCAUCGCUUUACGUUGUCUGCCCAAUCCUGAAAAAAAUGAAUCGGUAUUGAAGGCGUUUGCCAUCUACGCAAUUAAAAAUCACAAACAAUCGUUAACCAACACAAACGAAUCUAGUAUUUUGUCAAUAUUCAAACAAGCGAUUGCUGAUGGAAUCAAAUCAAAAGAAUGUUACGCUUUAGCUAAUGGCAUGGGUCAAAUGCUGUUGGAAGAAGCUGCCAAAGAACAGAAACGCUUUCCAACAAAUACAACAGAAGAACAAACAGCAACAACUACAACUACGGAAAAUAGUGCUCAUGGACAGUUUACAAAAAUGUGUGGAUUAAUCAAAACAAUUUUUGAAAAAAUAUCAACACUCUUAUUCGACCAAGAAACAGUUAGUCAUUUGCUUAAAUUUUUAUUCGAACGAGUAUCUAACGAACCAGAGCAAUCAGUUUCGUAUUACGAAAAUAUCAAUCAACUUUUGAAAGUUUUCAUUCAACAUCCAUUCAUUUUCAACUCCCCAGAAUCACUCGAACUUCUUUGUAAUCUUUUGAAGCAACAUGUGCUCGAAUUAGCACCGAUACUUAUACGUACAAUCGAAGCAUGUGCACCACUGAUUAUCUCCUCGAACCAAACUGACAUGAUAACACUUUUGGAUUCUGAACUCUCUUCGUACUUAACACUGCACCCACCAAUUGCGAAACGUGCACUGUAUUGCAUAUGUGCAUUGCAUCCGAAUAAAAAGGAUCAACUACUUCAAAAGCUAGUGGAUGAUACACAAUAUGACCAAUUCGAUAGUGAUCAAUUUAUUACUCGACUCGUUCUACUUGGUCACAUGAUACAAAUAUCUCCGACAGCGGUUGGUGAUAUCGGUAAACGUAUACUCAAUAACAUUUCAAAGUAUAUCAUCGAUAAACAAAAUAACAGUGAUCAAGAUGAUGAAAAUAAUAUGACGAGUUCAUUCCUACAUGGACAUUUUACUCUCUUAGCCGAUGAACCGCAUUCCGAUCCGGAAAUCGGAGCGGAUACUCGCGUGAUGCGUGAAUUAAUCAAAGCAAUGACACGAGCAACAUUAGGUUUACGUGAAAAUUCCAGUUCAUUAUUCACAAUUACCUAUAAGUUCAUACGAAAAUGCAUCGAAAAGGAUCAAGAUUUCACCGGAGAGAUGAGUGAAAGCGAAAUAAUCUACAUUCGUCUCUGUGGUUUAACAUGUUUAUUGAAAUUGAUUUGUAAUCCAUAUUUUUACACACGUAUUAAACCUGAUGAUUUUCUUAUGAUUAUGACCCUUCUUCGAGAUCCAUCAUCACAAAUUCGUCAGCGAACAUAUCGUAAAUUAGCUGAGCAUUUACGCGAUCCCGUAUGUCCUAUUGAAUUGCUUGCACUAUUAGCAUUCGCAGCCAAAGAACCCGAACGCGAACAUCGGGAACAAAUUCAUCGUUUAAUGUUACAAAUAAUCGAUACACGACGUGAACAUAUUAAAUUACAAUUAUCUUAUAAGACAGCUCAGACCAGCAAUGGCCAUCAGUCGAACAAUGGUUUCGAUCAUAGCGAUGACAAUGAAGAUGAUGAAAACAGCUUGUCGACAACUGAUGAGAAACCCAUUGAUUAUACAUUAUAUCCUGAAUAUUCUCUGACAUAUUUUCUGUUUUUCCUUUCCAAAUCGCCAGCAUUCAUUCUCUACGAUGACAUCGAAAUGUUGCACACAAUGACCGAUUAUAUUUUAUUUUUAUUAGAUGCAUUAUUAUUACGUUGUGAUACAACUGUUGGCUUGUUUUAUAAAGGUUUAUUACGUUCAAUAAAAUCAGCUGAAGAUGCAACUAUCUCGCCAGAUAAAGAAGAGAAAGCAGAAAGGAAAGAUGCAUUAAAAAAACUACAUGUACUUGUCGAUUUGGCCUAUGUCAUUCUAUCUCAACGUGCAUCGUCGUUAAUGAUUUGUCGAGCUAGUUCGAGCGUACCAUUACCAGAAAUGUAUUUCAAGAAAAUACGUUAUAAUAACGUGUCUUACUUGCCCAAAGAUUUCAAAAUCAAACUUAAACCCAUCACAACAACGACCACCGUCAGUGACACACCUACACCGACAGUUAAACACGCCACAACAACGGAAACAGCAUCGAGCAUUACAAUCGAGACCACUCCAGCAAAAGCCGGACGACGAAAACAAGACAAUGAACAGGAGAGUUCUACGAAGAAACGCAAAGCUUCUCCAAGUACAAAGAAAAGAAAACGACAAACGAGUAACAACGUCGUCGAAGACGAAGAAGAAGAAGAUGAAGAUACGAACUCAAAUUCACCACCAGUGAACGGAAAUAAAACUCGUAAAACACCAGUGACCAAUUCCAAUCGUGCUCGCGUUAACUAUCCAUACGAAAAACCUAAACUACGUUCAGCGUCAUCGUCGUCAUCAUCGCCAUCACCGAAAUCAAAUCGGCGUGCAAAAGGCAAACUCUAA